ACAGCCACUAACAGUCGGGAUAAGACACUUUAGUUUCUGUUGCAGUUUGGUUGUGUCAAGCUUAUCAAUUCAACUGGUGUCUUUUGAUAACACGAGGUCCCUUUUUCACAGCUGUCAGGCCAGAUAUACUCCACCCGGUUCAUAACAAAGGAAAACAAUGACGUAUUCGAUAAAAAUCCACGUCUGUGUUCUCACUGGAACAAGAAGGACGUCAGUGCUACCUGAAAAUAACCAAUCGUCAGCCCUCAUCAACCAAUGGCACUCCCAGCAACGGUCGUAUUAGUUGCUCCUCCCCCUUGUAGCUCAUCAGAAAAAUAACUAACACAUAAACCGUUAUUUAGAUACAUCAACUUAAAGUACGCGUGGGAAGAAGCCUGUAGUUAUCGGCUAAACUUGGAGCAACAGAGCCAUUUUUGAGCAUGCUCCAUAGGCUCGCUACGUCUCUGCAGCGGCCGGCUGUCCCUCCCUUCGCGGCCGCUGUACGGUGCCUUUCUUCGGGAUCAGUGGUGAUCAAGGUCCCGCUAAACUUCUGGGCAGGGAAACGACGGACGAGCCAAGAGAAAUGCAACAAGGAAAAUGUUUACGAACCUGCAACAGGGCGAGUCCUGUGCCCUUUGGAGCCGUGUGGUGCGGCGGAGGUCAAUCAGGCUGUGGAGGCUGCCAAGUCUGCCUUUGGUCAUUGGAGCAAAAUGUCUGGGAUGGAGAGGGCGAAGAUCAUGAUAGAAGCUGCUCACAUCAUUGAGCGCAGGAGAGAGGAGAUAGCUGAAAUUGAAGUAGUCAACAACGGAAAGUCCAUCACAGAGGCUCGUCUGGAUGUGGAUUCGGCCAGACUGUGUAUAGAGUACUAUGCAGCGCUGGCCACCACUCUGGCAGGCCAGCAUGUGCAGUUGCCUGGGGGAUCGUUCGCCUACACCCGCAGGGAGCCUCUGGGCGUCUGCGUCGGCAUCGGGGCCUGGAACUAUCCUUUCCAGAUCGCUGCCUGGAAAUCUGCUCCAGCCCUGGCCUGUGGCAACUCCAUGGUGUUCAAGCCCUCCCCGGUGACCCCUGUGACGGCGGUCCUGCUGGCAGAGAUCUACGCCAUGGCCGGAGCUCCAGAGGGGCUGUACAACGUGGUGCAGGGCGGCCAGGAGACCGGCAGCCUGCUCUGCCACCACCCUGAUGUAGCUAAGGUGUCCUUCACCGGGAGCGUGCCCACAGGAAAGAAGAUUAUGGAGAUGGCAUCCAAGGGAGUAAAGCACGUGACUCUGGAGCUGGGGGGGAAAUCUCCUCUGCUCAUCUUUCAGGACAGUGAUGUGGAGAACGCUGUGAAGGGAGCGCUCAUGGCCAACUUCCUGUCUCAAGGCCAGGUCUGCAGCAACGGGACGCGGGUGUUUGUUCAUAAGGACAUUCUGCCAGAGUUUGUGGAGGAGGUGGUGAAGAGGACCCGGGCGAUCGAGAUAGGAGACCCGCUGUUGGAGAGCACCAGGAUGGGAGCCCUGGUCAGCAGGUCACACCUGGAGAGAGUCCUGUCCUUUGUUGACCAGGCAAAGAAAGAGGGAGCUACGGUGCUGUGCGGAGGUGAACCCUUUGUCCCAUCAGAUCCUAAACUCAGAGGAGGAUACUACAUGACUCCAUGUGUAUUGGGUAACUGCACGGAUGAGAUGACCUGCGUGAAGGAGGAGAUCUUCGGUCCUGUCAUGUCCGUGUUGUCUUUUGAAAGUGAAGAGGAGGUGCUGCUGAGAGCCAACGACACCGACUUGGGACUGGCUGCAGGAGUUUUCACCAGUGAUGUGAAGCGAGCCCAUCGUGUGGUGGAACACCUGAAGGCUGGUUCCUGUUUCAUCAACAACUACAACAUCACCCCUGUGGAGGUGCCCUUCGGAGGCUUCAAAAUGUCAGGCAUAGGGCGGGAGAACGGUCAGGUGACCAUUGAACACUACUCCCAGCUGAAGAGUGUGUAUGUGGAGAUGGGAGAUGUGGACAGCCUCUUCUAGGACAGAGACGCAUGGAAAGGAAGGUGGAGCUGUAACUGCGACAGAGACUCAAAGUGUGGACCAGUACAAAGCUUCAGGGAAAUACCAUCAAAGCUUUGUGCUCCUGAAAAUGAGCCAUUUCUAUUUUUCUGAAUGUCAUCUUAAUGUUAAACUGAGGGGAGAGGAACUACAGAUAGGGGAAUGGGAAAGUGACAUCAUGAACAGCAAGUCCCUUUAAACUUUAAAGUAGCUGCCUGCUGACUGUAUACUGCAAGUGAUGAUAAUUGCUGAACUACAGUAUGAUUUACAACAUGAAAUAUCACAGUAUACGCACAUACGUGUACUGGCAGAUCAAUUAUGCAUGAUAAGUCGACAUUUUGUUAGCAUAACAUUAGCUAUCUUACCCGUCUGUGUGACUAUAGUUGUCAUUGACCCUGUAGGUUUGAAGGUCCAGUAUCCCCCCGUUUGUGAACUUGACAUGGGCCUCUACAUUUUUGAUAUUUUUAAAAUACAGACAGGAGUAGACACCAGCUGUGUUUCUGCCUAAAGCUUCUCUUUGCCCCAGAAUGCACCGCGGUUCCCAUUCCCUAUAGCGGAAAUUUGACAUUUACAUCUAAAGCACAUUUCAAUUAACAUCUGCUCCAAAUGGAUUCAACUAUAGGUCCUCAGUAUUUGCUGAAAGAUGAAUUUUCCGCUUGUUGUGCAUACAUGUAUUGAUUUAUAUGAUUUGCACCGUAUGUAUUCUUGCUAAAAAUCCUCUUUAAUCCGUAUGCAGAAUAAUAUUUCUACUUGAGAACAAAUGUUUACAAGUCAAGCUUUAUUUCCUCAACAAUCAUAUAAAUAUAUUUUUAUACAUGCAAAAUACAAUAAUAAAUUAAGCUACUUGAACAGGUAUUGAUUAAUAGACUAGAUUGUACACUUCAAAUAUGUCUUUUGUACAAAGUAGUGUAAAUUAGAACUUUAAUUAUGUAAAGAAACUGUCCAACGCAUUUUCACAUGUAACCAAUUGUAACAUAACAUUAAACAGUGUUAACAUUGCAAUAAAAUGAA